CAACAUCAGGGAAGACAGUAGGGGGUAUGCAGGUUGCUUCGACACCUAUUGACAUUCAGGAGCUUGAACGAGAUCUAGCAUUACAUCCAGACAGAGACUUUGUUUCUUACCUUUUAACUGGUUUACGGUCGGGUUUCCACACCGGAAUUACUUCUCUCCCUAGAAACUCCAUUGAGUGUGCCAAUUUGCUGUCCGCUAGGAAUCAGUCUGACGUUGUGAAGGAACUGAUAGGAUCAGAGCUUGACAAAGGUUUUCUGAUAGGACCUUACCGUGAGUGCCCUUUCGACACUUACAGGAUAAAUCCUAUAGGCAUAGCGGAGAGCAAAUAUUCUAGGAAAAAACGUUUAAUCGUUGAUUUGUCUUCUCCACACAACAAUGAUGAUAACCCGAGUUUAAACGACUUAAUCAACAAAGAUGAGUUUUCUCUGCAAUAUGUGACUGUCGAUGACGCUAUCAAUAUCAUUAAGCGAUUUGGUAAAGGCAGCUAUUUAUGUAAGACAGAUAUCUCCGACGCCUUUAAGCUAAUACCCAUUCACCCAUCUCUGUGGCCUUUCCAUGGUAUCAAAUGGGAUGGUUUGUAUUAUUUCUAUACUCGACUGGUGUUUGGAAGUAGAUCGAGUCCCAAGAUUUUUGACUGUUUAUCACAAGCUGUGUGUUGGAUAGCAGUUCACCGAUAUAACAUUCCGAAUAUCCUUCACCUGCUAGAUGAUUUCCUAACUGUGGAUCCACCAAACUUUCACCAAGCCACCAGUACCAUGGAGAAACUUAUGUGUUUGUUCGAAUCGUUAGGUAUUCCCAUUGCUCAACAUAAGACGGUGGGGCCGUCACUAUGUUUAGAUUAUUUGGGAGUUACCCUGGAUUGUGAUCUCAUGCAGGCAAGACUACCCGGAGAAAAGAUUUUCAGAAUUUGUGAGAUAUUAACUGAGUUUAAAGACAAAAAAUGUUGUACUAAACGUGAACUCCUCAGCUUACUUGGACAUUUAAAUUUUGCGAGUAGAGUUAUUCCACAUGGUCGUUCAUUUGUGUCAUAUCUCAUCAGCUUAUCUACCAAAGUCAGAGAAUUACAUCAUCACGUCAAGUUAACUGAGUCAUGUAGACUGGACUUAAAUAUGUGGCUCCUGUUUCUCUCGCGGUGGAAUGGGAUUUCAUUUUUUCUCAACGACAAUGUUACACAGGCGGCUCACAUGCACUUAUUUACUGAUGCGACAGAUCGUGCUUUCGGAGGGAUUUUUGGUAAUAAGUGGUUUCAAGGGACGUUCCCCUUGGAGUUAUACGAGGGAAAGGAUAAGAUCUCCAUGGCUUUCUGUGAAUUGUUCCCCAUUGUGAUUGCAUGUGUGUUAUGGGGCAAAGGAUGGUCAAGGAAAAGGAUUUUAUUUCAUUGUGACAAUAUGGCAACUGUGGACAUUAUAAAUAAAGGACGUUCCAAAGUAGAGCUGAUUAUGAAUUUAAUGAGGAAGUUGACAUUUUGUUCAAUGUCUAACAAUUUCAUUGUUCAUGCAAGACAUAUUCCAGGCAUAGAUAAUUCUAUAGCGGAUGCUAUUUCUCGUUUCCAGAUGGAGAAGUUUCGUCAUCUCGCCCCACAUGCAGAUCCAUUUCCAACACUGUGUCCUCCACUUUCCAGCCUGAUGUUGUUCGGGAAAAGCAAAUGAACAAACUGUGGGAUUUAGCGGUCAGUCCUGGGACAGCUUCUACUUAUUUAGUAGCCAUUCAACAUUUGUUACGUUUCAUCACAAUGUGUGGUAUAGUGUGUGGUGCAGGACAAUUACCACCAAUAUCAGAAGAUUUGUUGAUGCAUUUUGUAUCACAUUGUCAUAAUAGUUUGAACUUGACAUUUGCUACAAUCAAGCUGUAUUUAGCGGGGAUACGGUUUCAUUAUUUGAAAGCUGGUUACAGUAAUCCUUUCGCUAAUACGGAAAGACUAUCUUAUAUCUUACGAGGUAUUAAAAAGAGUCAGCAAGGAAGUGUUUCAAUUAAGAGAUUGCCUAUUACUUUUGACAUUCUCGAUCGCAUGUGUAGAUUAUUACAGAGUGGUGUUUUCUCCAAAGAUUUAGACUUAUUAUUAUUAUGUGCAUGUCAGAUGGCUUUCUUUGGGUUUUUAAGAUGUGGUGAAUUUACUGUUAAAUGUAAGUCCAAGAUCCAAGACGUCCUGUGUAUUAAAGAUAUUGUGGUAGCAGACGAUCACAAAAGCUACUCAUUGUUUUUGAAGGUCUCUAAAACUGAUCCUUUUAGACAUGGCGUACGGAUUGCCAUUUUUAGUAAUACUGUGUUGUGUCCGGUCAUCACCAUGAAACAUUUCUUACAAAUGAGAUUCAAUCAAGGAGCUACAGUUUCGUGUCCUUUGUUUGCUGAAAGGAAUGGGUGUAUUCUCACCCGGGAACAAUUUAUUUCCUACCUGAGGCAUAUACUUGCAAGAUUAGGUAUUGAUAGCUCAAGUUAUAGUGGUCAUUCAUUUAGAAUAGGUGCAGCAACUUCUGCAGCAGCAGCAGGAGUCGAGGACCAUCUUAUUCAAACCUUAGGACGAUGGUCAUCCAAUUGUUUCACUCGUUAUAUCAGAACUUCGUCCAUUGUUUUAGGUGAUGCCCAGCUGCGCAUGUGUGAUAGGAAGUAGUUAUAUAUAUAUAGAUGCUGUUUCCACAUUUCUACCAUAGGCUUGGUCUUACUUUAAUUUCUUGGGGGCUCUCUUUUUUGGUAACUUGUGUCACCAUUUCAAUCGAUUUGGCCUUUAAAAUUCAAUAUUUGCUGAAUUUUUAUCCCCCAAUUCAUUUUUGAGGGUUAAUUUAAGCUAUCAUGUUCUUUUUCAUUAUUUAACUUUUAUGGAUACACCUGCCGGGCUCUCCCCAGGUGCUACUUCUGACCUCCUGGGCUAACCUAUAGUGCUGGUACUAUAAACCCCAGGCAGAAUGUUAGUUUUUACAGAGUAGCCCCUAAGAAUGCCAAAAUAUAGUUAGUUAGUUUCGGUUCAUUAAUAAAUCCAAUUAACCUUA